CUUGAUUUCCUCUCCAACCAUGGCCAGCAAGUUCCCCGCACUCGAACGCAAUCGACUAUCGAUAAUCCUCCGGCCAGAAAACCUGGCAAAGCAGAGGAGGUCGAGGAUAAGCCGCUGCCGCCCCCCGGCUUCGAGGAAGACUUUCCCGAUGGUGGAUUGAGAGCCUGGUUAGUCGUUGCCGGGGAAAAGAAAAGUUUUCCUCUCUUGAGACAACCUACGAUGCCGAUUGUCGUAUAUCUCUGAGUGCGGAGGCUAAAUCUUUUUAGUUCUUUUACCAUCGUAUUUCCAAUUUCCUAUAAUUUAACGGCGCGACUGAUCAUGGUGACUUGUGGGAUUUUAGACGAUGUGCACUGGCUUUUCGACUUUUGGAUAUGUCAACGCUUGGGGAGUGAGGCUCUCCAUUCUGUUAUCGAGCGAGGUUGUAAUGGCUAUAUUACAACAGGUAUUCCAAGCCUACUACGAAGGAACAUUGUUGAAGGACUUGGACUCUUCGAAGAUUGCAUGGAUUGGUUCUGUUCAGUACUCCCUCGUAUUCAUGCCAGGUCUAAUCACCGGCCGGAUGUUCGACAUCGGUUACUUCAAACUGCCCUUCUUCCUAGCAAACACACUCCUCGUCGUCGCGACGUUUCUAGUUGCCCAAUGCACCCAGUACUGGCAUUUCCUGCUCUGCCAGGGCUUCGCUAUCGGGCUAGCAUGUGGAACGAUAUUUGGUCCAUCCAUGGGUAUCAUCGGGCAUUGGUUCCGACGACGACGGGGGCUCGCUCUCGGUAUCAUGGCUACUGGCUUCUCGAUCGGCGGUACCGUCAUCCCAAUAACCGCUCCUAACCUCAUAAACGCCGUAAGGUUUCCAUGGACAAUGCGGAUCAUCGCCUUCAUCUUAAUGUUCGUCCUGGGUAUCGCCAACCUGACGCUGAAACGCCGACUUCCGCCUGCAAAUGUAUCAGGGGGUAUACUCAACCUGAAAGCUUUCAGGAGCGCGCCGUAUACGAUUUGGUUUAUCGCCAGUUUUAUCGCUUUCUUGGGGCUGUAUACAGUCUUGACCUAUAUCAGUGUCAGCGCCGCAGCCUAUGGAAUAUCGGCCGAUACCUCAUUCUACAUGGUCUCUAUCGUCAAUGCCAGCUCGAGAAUCGGACGAAUCGUGGCCGGGAUCUUUAUCGAUCGAAUAGGCGCUGUGAACUAUUUCGGACCCGCAACAAUCAUAACGGCUGGCCUCACAUAUGUCUGGCCAUUCGCGCGGAUCUUGCCUUCUAUGAUUAUCGUAGCCAUAAUAUAUGGCUUCUCCAGCGGAGCGUACGCCUCUUCAUUCCUCACUCCCAUUUUCGAAUUGGGCGAGAUUGGUGAUCUCGGGCGACGAACGGGGAUGACGAUGUCGGUAGCGGCCCUCGGCGCGCUUGCAGGUCCGCCGAUCUCUGGCGCGAUCCAUACAGUUACGGGUGGGUUUGAGGUCGUGGGGUAUUAUGCAGGUAGCACCAUCUUGCUUGCGGUGGUACUGAUGUUUGUUGUCCGACAUCUGGUUCUUGGAACGCUCAGAGGAAAGUUCUGAACAUGGUUUGAUAUCAUGACUAUAUCUAGACAUAUGCUCACGUACUUACUAUUUUGUCGACUAUGAAUGAUGAAUACCGGAAAUUGAAGAGUUCGCGAUAUCACU